AUGCAUUGGCGGCACUCCACCCGGUCGGUGGCUGGCUAUAUGAUUUCGGUUCGACAUCAACAGUCCGCCCCGGUCGGCGUUCGCGUUAAGAUGUCUGCUGCAGCUGCUGCUGGGGCAGCUGAAUUCGCUAGCAGUGCAGCACGUGACGGUGACGACGAGGACGUCACUGCACUGCUAGCGAACUGUGACCGCGAUAGUGCCGUCUGGAAGGAGAUCCUGGUUGAUAACGAUCUGUUCGAUUGUUCGCUGGAAAACGACGAUCAUCAGUUUGUGGACUUUGUACGCUGCCAAGGGGACUCCGUGCUGGAUUUGAUAAUCGGAACGGAGGAAGGAACUCCAAUUGCAGCAGAGGAAAUCGACGGCUUCAGUGAGGAUAAUUGCGGGAAAAGAAAGGCGGACUCGUUAUGUAAUGGGGUGGAAAACUUGCUGGCGGCCAGCGAUGCCAGCUGUAACAGUGACGUAUUGCCUAUGGAAGGAUUGGAUAGGAUUGUUCGAUGCAUGUCGGAGACGAUUGGUGACGACGCAUUCAAGUGUGGCGUUUGUUUGUUACGAUUUAAAAUAAAAGCACAUCUGAUUAGACACAUGUUGCUAAAACACCGCCAGGAGACUGUUCACAAAAGCGAGAAAAUUUACGGUCGCUGCCGUCGCUGUAAUGAAUUUUUCAAUACCACUGCCGAGUUGGAGGUACACCUAAGAAAAGCGCAUCGAACGACUCUGUUUUGCGAUAUCUGUUUGCGGUUGUUCAACAAUAAAGAUCAACUCAAGCGCCAUAGGCGCUUCCAUAGUGGGGCGAAUCCUUUUGCUUGUGAUGUAUGCAAUAAGCAGUGUCAAAAUUCUAGUCAUUUGCACUUUCAUCGGCGAAGUCACUUCGUGACGAAUUUGGGCUACCGUUGCCCACACUGUGAUAAGCUUUUCUCUUCCGCUGGUAACUGCCAAAAACACGUCAUUCGGAUUCACACCCGAGAAAAACGCUACAAGUGUUUAAAGUGUGGCGAAGCUUUCGUCUACACUCGUCAGCUCAAGAUUCACGAGCGAGAAUCGCACGGUUUCGACGCGAAAUUCGGACCGAACGGCUGCCAGAGCUGUCGUUUACCCUUUCGCACGUCGGAAGAGCUGCAGAAGCAUCAGAAAGAAUUCCACUAUCAGAAGGAUCGACCGCACGCCUGCGACCAAUGUCCGUCCCGCUUCAAACAGCUUGGUCAUCUGAAAACGCACAAACUGACACACUCGGGAAGUAAACCGUUCGCUUGUGAUCUUUGUGAUAAGCGCUUUCUUAUCGGGCACGAUCUUAAACUACACAAACAAACGAAGCACAGCCAGGAAAGACCAUUUCGUUGCGACCAGUGCGAACGGGGAUUCGUUGCGGGUUAUUUGCUCAAGCAACAUCAGCUGAAAACUCACGGAGUAUACGGCGGAAGCACCAAAGGUUGA